AUGGGCGCCAGUUGUAACGAUCAGAGAAAGGCGGUUGCCAUCUGUUUGCAGCGGUCUCCCUGCGUUUUGAUCGAGCGAAACACGCCAAAAAAAUGCCUGGAAGAUCCUGAGCUAAGCAAGGAUCUGCCGGAGUUGUGCAUGGCGCAAAUGAAGGCGUUUCUAGAGUGCAAAAGAGGAAUGGUGGAUAUGACCAAGCGUUUCAGAGGCAAUGGUGCGAUGUCCACCGGUAAAUAUGACCAGCAAUAUGAGAAACUAUCGAACGGAGAUUUUGAUGCAAGAGAAGAGCUACACAAGCUGGAAACGCUAUCCAACGUCUCCAAGAACUGA